AGUACACCGUCCGGGCCGGCCAGCUCCAGUGGAACCCCGAGAUUCCGCAGUCGAUUGGGCCGAUGGCCCCUCGCCUCCCCUCAUUGUCUAUACUGAGUCCACCCCGUCGGCCCCUCACGGCGACCCCGGCUCUCCAUUCCUCGCAACUCGCAUACGCCGCGAUGAACAACCGCAGCCAGUCUGCAUAGUCUUGGAUACUCUGGAUACUCCACAUACCCCUAGCGAUCGGAGAGCGAGCGGCAAACUGGAAGGUUUAAAGAUCACAGACUUGGGAUCUUGGCCACCUCCAUCGCCUCGACUUGCACAAGGCCACACCUGCACCAUGUCGACCCCAAGCACACACGCCAUCGACGACAAGCCCCAGAUCGACCACGAUGAGCUCAAGCAGCUCGACACGGUCGUCGACGACACCGAGGCCGCCGGCUACACCGACUCGACGCUCGUCAUCUCGCCAGAGGAGAACAGGCGCCUGCGCAACAAGGCGCUGAGGCGUAUUCUCCCUCUUCUCAUGCUUGCAUACCUUUGUCAGGCUCUCGACAAGUCGACCAUUGGAACCGCUUCGAUUAUGGGCUGGAUUGAGAACGUCAACACAGACACCAACCACUACGGCCUUACCUCCACGCUCCACUGGGUCGGUCUCAUUGCAGGCGAGCCCCUCUGUAACCAGCUCGUCCGCUACCUCCCCCUCGGCAAGCUCAUGGGCGUUGCUGUCAUCCUCUGGUCAGCUCUCCUCAUGGGCCUCGCCUUCUCCCUCCACAUCAAGGUUGUCUUCGGUCUGCGCGUUGUCCUUGGCUUCUGCGAAGCCAUUGUCGGCCCCGGUCUUCUCGCCCUCACUGUCCAGUGGUUCACGACCUCGGAGCAGCCCACAAUCGGUGCUGCAUGGCAGUCAAUGUUGGGUGGUAACGGCAUCAUCUCGUCUCUUCUCGGCUACGGCUUCUACCACCUUAAGAACAAGCCUCAGGGUCUUUACGGCUGGCAGUGGAUGUCGAUCACGAUUGCCCUCUUCUCGUUCGCCUGUGGCUUCAUCAUCCUCAUCUUCCUCCCCGACUCGCCCACCAAGGCUCGCUGGGCCUCGGAGGAGGACAAGGUCAAGUUUGUCGAGCGUGUCCGCGGCAACAACCAGUCGCUCAAGCAGAAGGUCUUCAAGAAGGAGCAGGCAUGGGAGGCCGCCAAGGACCCCUUCACCUACUGCCUCUUCCUCCUCGCCUUCUCGCAGACGCUCAUCGUCGGUGGCAUCAACGUGUUCGCCGGCCUUCUCCUCAACCGCGCCUUCGGCUUCUCCGUGCUCGAAAGCCAGCUUCUCGGCAUCCCCGGCGCGUGUCUCGGUAUCAUCACCUACUACCUCAUGGCCUUCUUCAUCAAGCUCACCGGCGAGACGUGUCUCAUGAUGUGCGCGUUCGCCAUCCCCAACAUUAUCGGCUCGAUCGUCGUCCUGAUCGUCACACCCUCGGGCCACACGCGCGGCGGCCUCCUCGUCGCGUGGUACAUGAUGCAGUUCUUCCAGGCCUGCAACCCCGCCAUCUUCGCCAUGCUCUCGCGCAACUCGGCUGGCCAGACCAAGCGCUCCAUCACCUACGCCGUUACUUACAUCGGUUGGGCGGGUGGAAACGCCAUCGCGCCUCAGAUCUUCCAGAAGAGGUGGGCUCCGAGGUACAAGACGUCUCUCAAGAUUCAUUUCGGCCUCUAUGCUUGGUUUAUCAUUGUCUGCCUCUCCACGAGGACGCUGCUCGCGCGCCGCAACAAGCAGCGCAAGGCCGCGCUCAAGGACGCCGACGGAACGGUCCGCAACGACCACAACCUCGCCUUUUCGGACCUGACCGAUCUCGAGAACCCCGAGUUCAUCUACUCUCUGUAGGCAGGUAUUGCGCGGCGGGAGCAGGAGCGUGUAGUGGUAGGACAGUGUGUGCAGUGGUAGUGAAGUGUGUGCAGCCGUGCGGAAGGGAAGAAGGAUGCAGCG